GUUCCACAGGUGGUAUUCUUGAAUCUAGCUCUAGCUUUCCUGAGACUAGCUCUCUGUGAUUGGUCGCGAUGGCGCCUACUACUCAAACACCAUAUUGGUGUUUUACGCUGAAUAACCCGGGUGAACACCGGGUGCCGUAUGAUCGGAAGAUUGUUCAAUAUGUUUGUUAUCAACUGGAGGAGGGGGUUCAGAAGACGCCCCAUUUUCAGGGCUUUGUCCAGUUCGUCGACAAGAAGACUACGAUGAAAAGGGCCAAGGAGUAUCUUGGUGGUCGGUAUCACCUCGAGCCCAUGAAGGCUCGAGAUCCUAUGGAUGCUAUUCGGUAUACCAAGAAGGCAGAGGGCCGUCUUGAUGGUCCCUGGGAGCAUGGCGAGUUUCUCAUGGCGCGGUCCAAUAAGCGCAAGAAGAGUGAUAUGGAAGAGGAGUAUGAUGCUGAUCCUCGGUCUUUCAAGUUAUCUUUGGCUCGUUCUGGAUGGGCGUAUAUUCUGCCACGGGGUUUGGCAGACAUGACUUACCAGUGGGCUCGUCAAGGAGUGCAGAAGAAUGUUGUCGUUGAUAUUGAGCGGCGUGUCUCGUCGAGUCAUUACGAUGGGAUCUAUUCAUUUAUCGAGAUGGUCAAGAAUCGAGUGAUUUCAAAUACCAAGUACCGAUCGGUUGUCGGAUUUAUGAGGUUGGAUGUCCAUGUUGUUGUUGUUGUUACGAACGUCAUGUUUGGUGAUACUAAGAUUACUCGUGGGCGCAUGUGCUUGCAUGACUUGUCUGGUAGCUCUGAAGUAUAG